AUGCCACCAAAGCCAAAGUUUGCCGCAGGGGCCACAAGAACCACUCGCACCACCCUGCGGAGUCAGCAGUCUACCCCUUCCUCCGUCGUCUCGUCGGCACCCCAAAGUCAAAUGAGCUCUGAAUCCUCCUCUCCAAACACGAGUCUCUCCCUCACAAAACUUGACCUCAACUCUGACGACGAUCAGGACGACAAGAAGGGUAAAGUCGCCCCUGUCUCCAGUGACGGUGACGACGACGAUGAUGAAGACGACUUUGAGCCCUCUACUGCCAUCCUCCCUAGUACUGUUGCUCUUGGAAAACGGCGGGCAAUCGACUUUGAGGUUGCUCUCCCGGGCGUCAAGCGAACUCGGAGCUCUGCUAGGGUCACUCGGAAUGUCAAGGUCAAGGCUGAGGAGGCCGUCAAGGAGGAAGAGUCUUCCUCAGAUGAUGGUGUUGUCAAAAAGGAGGAAGACGAAGAUGACGACUCUGUCCAAAAUAGCUCGGCCGCACUUGCACCUACUCGCAGAGCUAGACUGACAAGAGCCCAGGCCACCAAGGUUGUUGUCAAGAAGGAGUCAUUUAAGGCUGCUGUCGCCCGCCCUGCUGCCAAGAUCCAAAAGACGAAGCCUACCCGCGCUGCCUCCAAGAAAGCCGCUGUCGCUGUCGCUGCUCAGAUCGAGGAGAGCGAUGACGAUGGUGAUGACGAUAGCGACGCAUCUGUUGUCUCUGAAGAGUCUGAUGAGGACUCUGAGUCUGCCGACUCUGACAGCUCGUCUUCAUCCUCCGAGUCAGAUGUUGCUCCAACGCCUGCUCCUCGUCGUCGUCGGGCUGCUCGCACUGCUCAACCAAGAAUGACAUGGAUGGAGAAGGUCAACAUGCAGUUGAUUGAGCAGCAUCCCGAGCUGGGAACUGUUUGGGAUGAACUCGACAAGGUCAGGGUCAUUGCUCCCGAGUUGGCGGACCAACCUGAAGGCCUCAAGCUGACCCUUUUGCCCUUCCAGCGUGAGGGUCUGGCGUGGAUGCGAAAGCAAGAAAAUACACAGUUCAAGGGCGGCAUCCUCGCUGACGAGAUGGGAAUGGGCAAGACGAUCCAGAUGAUCUCUCUGUUGCUGGCAGAGCCUGGAAAGCCCAACUUGAUCGUCGCGCCUACUGUUGCCAUUGUGCAGUGGAGAAACGAGAUCCAAGAGCACGCUCCCUCCCUCAAAGUCCUCAUCUUCCACGGCAGCAACCGUACCGAGAGCAUGUCCGAGCUCAUGAAGCAAGACGUCGUCCUCACCACCUACUCGAUUAUUGAGGCUGGUUACCGAAAGCAAAGGUAUGGUGUGAGGAAAAAGGAUGUGACUGUGAAGGAGGACUCGUUGCUGCACCGCAUCAAUUGGCACCGCAUCGUCCUUGACGAGGCCCACAACAUCAAAGAGCGUUCGUGCAACACUGCUCGAUCUGCUUUUGCGCUGCUGUCUGAUAGGAAGUGGUCGCUGUCUGGCACACCCAUGCAGAACCGCGUUGGAGAGCUCUACUCUCUUAUUCGCUUCAUGCAAGCUGAUCCUUUUGGAUACUAUUAUUGCAGGAAGUGUCCAUGCAAGUCGCUGCACUGGAAAUACAGCAACAUGAAAGACUGCGAUGACUGCGGCCAUAGACCCAUGGACCACUCUUGCUGGUGGAACAACGAGAUCCUGAAACCAAUCCAGCACUUUGGCAGCCAAGGUGCAGGUGAAAAGGCAUUCCACAAGCUGCGAAAUCUCCUGGAUCGCAUCAUGCUGAGAAGAACCAAAGUCGAGCGAGCUGACGAUUUAGGCUUGCCACCACGUAAGAUGACCGUCAGCCGUUACCUCUUCAACGAAGAGGAGGAGGACUUGUACGAGUCUCUCUUUAGUGACACCAAGCGCAAGUUCUCAACGUAUGUGGAGCAAGGCACAGUGCUCAACAACUAUGCGAAUAUUUUCGAGUUGCUGACCAAGAUGAGACAGAUGGUCGACCAUCCAGAUCUUGUCCUCAAGAAGGUCAAGCCUGGCCAGGUCGGCCUCCCCGAGACCCUCGUUUGCUCCAUCUGCCAAGAAGAGGCUGAAGACCCGAUUGUCAGCAAGUGCCAUCACCUGUUCUGUCGUGAGGACGCAGACCAAUACAUCACGUCUUCGUCGAUUGAAGCACCAGAGUGCCCUGUCUGCCAUAUUCCAUUGUCGAUUGACCUUGAGCAACCGACGUAUGUGAAGGACGAGACCGAGGCUGAUGAAGAGAUUCGUCACAAGACAUUUGCUCGUACCUCGAUUGUCAACCGCAUCAACAUGGACACUUGGCGCAGCUCUACCAAGAUUGAGGCCCUUGUCGAGCAUCUUUACAAACUCCAGCGCGAGGAUCGCUCCACCAAGAGUAUCUGCUUCUCGCAGUUUGUCACGUUCUUGGAUCUGAUCAAGUGGCGUCUUGAGAAGGCUGGCUUCAAGUGUGUGAAGUUGGAUGGACAUAUGACGCCGUUCCAGCGCGAUGCAUCGAUCAAAAAGUUUUCGAAUGAUCCCACGGUUACUGUGUUCUUGAUCUCGUUGAAGGCAGGCGGUGUUGCAUUGAACUUGACUGCCGCCAGUCGCGUCUUUAUCUGUGAUCCUUGGUGGAAUCCUGCCGCAGAGCUGCAAGCGAUGGAUCGUAUUCAUCGUAUCGGUCAGUACCGGCCGAUUGUGAUUACACGUCUGAUUAUCGAGAACUCGAUUGAGAGCAGAAUUUUGCAGCUCCAAGAGAAGAAGCAGGCUAUGGUUGACAGCACCAUCGGCAAGGAUCCAGGAGCAUUGGCUCGAUUAACACCUGAGGACUUGCGAUUCCUGUUCGUCAACUAA